CCCUGCCACCACCACGACGUCGACCCUUCCGCCAGUCCGACCUUCCCGAUCACCGCGCCAUUUUCACCAGCCUCACCUUCCGCCACCUCGUCUCGUCCACCACCUCGUUCCGUUCAGCACCUCGUCCCUUUCACCGCCUCGUCCCUGUCAGCACCUCGUCCCUUUCACAGCCUCGUCUCUUCGUCACCCCGUCCCAUUCACCGCCCGCGCCCACUCUCCUCGCUCCGCCAUGGGCGACUCGACUGCCGCUACAGGACAGCCUGCGCUCCAGCAGCCUGCUCGCGCUCGCGACAAUGCUCAGCAGGCGCUUGGCGAGCAGGCCGAGGCCGAGGCCAAGCGCGUGGCUCGACAGCAGGCUGAGCAGCUGGAUCGCGUCGCGGAGCAGGCCGGUGAGGCUUGGGCCGAGUCCAUUCGGGCUUGGCGGCAGAUCGGAGAGGCUGCGGGUCAGGCGGAGCAGGCUGUGCGUCAGGCCAUCGAGGCUGAGCAGCAAGCCAAACAGCAGGCCGAUCAAGAGGCUGCUCGCCUGCGCGAGCGAGUGGAGCUGGCCAAGCAGCGCGCAGCCCAUGCCCGCGAGCAGCACAAGCAGGCUGGCGAGCACGAGGAUCGUCUCGACAAGGAGUACGAGCAGGCUAUCCGGGCUGCUGAUGCGGUCUGCUUCCCCCAAGAGGCGGCUGGCCUUCGCGAGCAGGCGGCUGGCCUCCGCGGGCAGGCCGCUGAACUCAACCGCAAGGCGGCCCUCCUCGACGCGAAUGCGGCUUCCCUCGACGAGAAGGCCGCGCGAGCUCUGCAGGAGUUUCACACUUACAAGCAUGCUGCGCCGCCCGUGCGUCCUCACGAGCGCGAUGAUGCGCACCGUCAAGAGAUCACGUCGCGCGGCGAGAAGCGCAGCGGCGACCAUGAGCUCGGCCCGGCCGCCAAGCGUGCCACGCAGCAGCAGCCUGCCGGCGCCCGCGAGCAGGCCGCGCAGCGCGCGCCUCUCCAAGAGCGCGAUGCGCAACAGCAUCAAGAGUGCGAGGCGGGCCGUCAAGAGGUGCCGCGCGGCGUCGAGCGCGACGGUGAUGCUCCACUCGAGUCAGCCGUGUGCGCGCCCGUCGCUUCUCCGGCGGCGCAGCCUGCCGGCCAGCUCGGUGGCGAGCGUGGAGGCCAGCUCGGUGGCGAGCGUGGAGGCACGGCCACACGCAGCCGCGCCGCUGCGUCUCGCUCCGUCAAGCUCGAGCCCGCGCCCGAGCUGGACGCCAAGAGCGGCGACGACGAGCGCAAGACCGAGCUCGAGACGCUGGCGCACGGCAACUAGCGCUCUCGCUGCGCACUCUGCGCGUAGCCACCUCGGCACUGCCCUUCAUCACCGCCAGACCCUUCCCGAGCACUUCACCCUUCCGCACCGCGCCGAGCCUCUCACAUCUCGCCUUGUACAUCAACUCCACACCGCCAUGAGCAGCAGACAGGCCGGAGCUGAGAACUUGGGCCGCAUUAGGCGCCUAGUUCCCGCAUCGCCACCUUCAUCCUCAAGUCACGCGCCACCCACCCACACUGAGUUCCGAGUCAUCGUCAAUGCGCCACCCACACACACAUUCAUACCAUACACACGGUCAUACCAACCAACCACCAGCCUCAUGUCACGUUCGGCCCGUUCGCGUUCCUCCCAAUCGAGCCCUGAUGCGU